UGGAACCAUCUGAGUCGUCCAUGUUUUCGAUUUAACCCAUUUUUCUAUCCCAAACCCUAAUGUUCUCUGUCUCUGCCUAACAGCAAGUUUUUAGGGUUUUCAGUCACACACAGUCUCAGCAGAUCUCUCUUGAGCUCGAGCCUUGGUUCUCUCCUUCAGGCUUCUAAACAUGUAUACCUCAAGAAAGAAGAUUCACAAGGAUAAGGAGGCUGAACCAACUGAAUUUGAGGAGUCAGUUGCCCAGGCAAUAUUUGAUUUGGAAAAUACCAACCAAGAGUUGAAAAGUGACCUGAAGGAUCUGUAUAUAAAUUCUGCAGUUCAAGUUGAUGUCUCUGGCAGCCGAAAAGCUGUUGUGAUCCAUGUCCCCUAUAGAUUGAGAAAAGCUUUCCGUAAGAUCCAUGUUAGGCUUGUGAGAGAGCUUGAGAAGAAGUUCAGUGGGAAGGAUGUUAUCCUUAUUGCCACCCGAAGGAUCUUGAGGCCUCCAAAGAAAGGUUCUGCCGCUCAACGGCCACGCACCCGUACACUCACUGCUGUUCAUGAGGCAGUGCUUGAGGAUAUUGUAUUGCCUGCUGAGAUUGUUGGGAAGCGGAUCAGAUAUAGAAUUGAUGGUUCUAAGAUAUUGAAGGUUUUCUUGGACCCUAAGGAACAAAACAACACUGAGUACAAACUGGAGAGUUUCGCUGCAGUUUAUCGGAAGCUUACAGGCAAGGAUGUUGUGUUUGAGUACCCAAUAAAUGAUGCUUAGAAAUAUUUGGUGUGAUGACAAUUCCUAAAUCCUCUCCUUCUUUCCCUAUGCAUCCCUCUUAAGGAACUUCAAUUUAGUUGAUAUACACUGAAAUUUUGGUUUGGAGGACUUAUUAGAGAAUGUUUUGUGAUGGAUUUUGUUCUCUUUUUCUGGCUGUACCAAAUGUUCAUGUUAUUGCUUGAAGUAGAGUUUUUAUAUUUUGGAAAUAA